UGUUGAAAAUUCUGAAUACUUGUCUGACUUGCUGAAGGAAAGAAAAAUUCCACACAAUGUCCUCAAUGCUCGUCCCAAGUAUGCUGCUAGGGAGGCUGAUAUUGUUGCACAAGCAGGGAGAAAAUAUGCAAUCACCAUAUCUACUAACAUGGCAGGAAGGGGUACUGAUAUAAUCCUGGGAGGAAAUCCAAAGAUGCUUGCGAACGAAAUUUUGGAGGAUAGCAUACUUCCAUUUCUGACACAAGAUGUUCCUGAAGUUGAUGUUGAUGGAGAAUCAAAUUCUCAAAAGGUUAUGUCAAAGAUAAAAGUUGGACCGUCAUCAUUGGCUUUGCUUGCUAAAGCGGCUCUGAUGGCUAAGUACGUUAGCAAAAAUGAGAGCAAGAAAUGGUCAUAUCAAGAGGCAAAGUCAAUGAUAGCUGAAUCCAUUGAGCUGAGUCAGUCAGUGGAGAUAAAAGAGCUACAGAAGCAGGCUGAUGAGCAGUCAGAAUUUUAUCCUCUUGGUCCAUCCAUUGCUCUAACUUAUGUAUCAGUUCUUGAGGAUUGCGUGUCUCACUGUUUGAAUGAAGGGUUAGAAGUGAAAAGGCUCGGGGGCCUUCACGUCAUUGGAACUUCUCUGCAUGAGUCCAGGAGAAUUGAUAACCAGCUUCGUGGUAGAGCUGGCAGGCAGGGUGAUCCUGGAUCAACACGAUUUAUGGUGAGCUUGCAGGAUGAGAUGUUUCAAAAAUUUAACUUUGACACUGAGUGGGCAGUGAAGCUUAUAUCCAGGAUUACAAAUGAUGAAGAUAUCCCAAUAGAAGGUCAUGGAAUAGUUAAACAGCUUUUGGGUUUACAAAUCAAUGCUGAGAAAUACUUUUUUGGAAUACGAAAGAGCCUAGUAGAAUUCGAUGAAGUCCUUGAGGUUCAAAGAAAGCAUGUUUACGAUCUUAGGCAAUUAAUUUUAACUGGAGAUUUUGAGAGUUGUUCAGAGCACAUUUUCAAAUACAUGCAAGCAGUGGUGGAUGAUGUUAUCUUUAAGAAUGUUAAUCCGCAAAAGCACCCAAGUAACUGGUGCUUGGACAAAAUCUUAAAGGAGUUCAAAGACGUUGCGGGCGAGAUAUUGAAUGAUUCAUUUGCUGGGAUUACCGAGGAAGCAUUAGUAGAUUCACUUGUACAACUUCAGAAGGUGCAAUCCUUAUCCAUUGACAACUUUUCCCUUCCAAAUUUGCCUUCAACUCCAAAUUCUUUUAGAGGUAUACGUGGAAAGACCUCUUCUUUCAGACGCUGGCUGGCUAUAUGCUCCGAUGACUCAAUGAAGUAUGGGAAGUACAGAGAGAUGGUUAAUUUCCUCCGAAAGUACCUGGGAGAUUUCCUCAUUGCCAGCUAUUUAGAUGUAAUACAAGAAUCUGGAUAUGAUGCUGUAUACGUGAAGGAAAUAGAGAGGGCAGUACUUCUGAAGACAUUAGAUUGCUUCUGGAGGGAUCAUCUUAUAAACAUGAACCGACUAAGUUCAGCGGUGAAUGUAAGGAGUUUUGGGCACAGAAAUCCACUCGAGGAGUAUAAGAUCGAUGGUUGCAGAUUUUUCAUCUCAAUGCUUAGUGCAACUAGGAGGCUUACCGUGGAGUCCCUCCUGCGCUAUUGGUCAUCUCCAAUGGAGAGUCAAGAGUUAUAUGUUUAAUUAGUUGCUGUCUUUUCAUAUGUUCUCUUGCUGCUUAUGUCCAGGAUCUUGGUUUCUCAUUAUUCAUCUUCCAGUCCGAGAAGUGAAUUUUCGCGUCUUAUUCCAGCUCAACCCAAGAUGUACAAAUGGCAUGAUUUGUGGAGGCAUAACCUGAUAUGACUGUCAACUCUUCUCUCAAGUUACUGUGUCCUUUGAAGUACGGAUAAUCUGAAUUUGCACCUUGAGUAGUUUGAGGACCACCUCAGUACAUGACAUCAGUUGGCUUAGAUAAGGGAUGCUGAGCAACCUGCACAGGCUAGGACUAUAGAAAUAUGACCAUGGAGAUUCAGAAUAAAAACUAGGGAGAUUGAGAUUCAUUUUUUUUGCACGGCGUUGGCUUUGCUAAAAUUGUAUGGGUAGAGGAGUUGAAGAGAGAGGCCUUUCAAUUUGUCCCAAGGCAGUAGGGAUGAGCCAUCACAGACGGUCUCCAACAAACUGUUGGCAGGGCUUGCAGAAAUCCUAAUGACAUUAAGCUGAAUAUCUGUCACACCAUGUAUCAUUCUGAGUCAUUGCAACAAUAAAUCCCAGGGCUUUAAUUGCUCGAGCUGCUCAUCUGAAGUGUAGAAAUGCUAGAUGUUGAUCCUGGAGCUCAACCUCUUUGUUUAUUUGUGUACAAAUGAUUAGAGAGACAGGUCUUACUCUUCAAAUAUGCCGCAGAAGAUGUUUGUAACAUUGGAAUAAUGUAAUGACUUAACUUAUAUACACAAGACAUUGUAAAUAACAUUUACACUAUUAUUGUAUUUUAA